CGCCCUUUGUGGGCCCGGCUGUCGCCCUGGGCAACGGCUCCCUCAACCAACUGGCGCGCGGCGGCCAGGGGCGGCGGGCCAAUGGCGGUCGCCGGUGGGCGGAGCUCGAGUCUCCUUGGGCCCCGUGCCGCGGCCUAGUCAGUUUGACCCGGCCUUGGGCGCCAUGGGCGGCGGGGAGAGCGUUCCGCGGAGGGUCACCUUCGAGGCGGACGAAAACGACAACAUCACGGUCGUGAAGGGCAUCCGGCUCUCCGAAAAUGUCAUCGAGCGGAUGAAGGAGCCGUCUUCCCCCGACGGAAGGUCCCAGAAGAAAUUUGGGCCUGGCAAUCAUACCUCCAUCGCUGGAGCUGCAGUCAAUGAAGAAGAACUAAAGAAAAGAAUAGCUGAAGAAUUGGCUUUGGAAGAAGCUAGGCGAGAUGCUGAAGCUCAGAAAAGAUUAAAGCAAAACCAAACGUCCGUCCAGGAGGAAAUCACCAAAGCCUUUGACCGGGAAAGAGUUGCGUCCAGCGAGCAAUUGGCUAGGGCCAUUCUGCGCGAGAGAUCUGCAGCCGAAGAUGAACGCAUGAAAUCGCAGCUGUUGGAAAUGGAGUGCAAGGCCAAGCAGCUUGAGGGAAAGGAAAAAGAGCUGAAGAAACGGGAGACUUACUACAAGGAGCAGCUGAACCACCUGGAAGAGAGGAGCUCACAGUUCUACAAAGUCACCACCGAACAAUACGAGAAAGCUGUGAAAGAAGUCAAAUCCCGCUUCAAGCGGUACAAGACUGAUCCCGUGUGUGUAGAUCUCCAGAACCAGAUCUUCCAGUGCUAUCAGCAGAACCCAAAGGAGACCCUCAGCUGCUCAGCUUUGGCCGCUGAGUACUUCAAGUGUGUCCAGCACGCUCGGCAGUGCUGGUCGGGGAGGCUAAUAUCUGCUGCGCAUGGAACACCCCUCCCUCCACUUCAGUUCCCAACAGCUGGGAGGAUGGGGAGGAUGGUUAUUCCGGAAGGAUCCAGCGGCCCUUGACAGGGCAGACAGACAGAGCACCCACUCCAGAAGGCCCAGAUCGACAGCAGCGAGCCGCCUGGCUUCGGCAUCACCGCCACAAUACUCAUUUCAUUAGACUAGCAACGGCUUAACACAUAACCCACUUAACUGGUAAUUGAAGGGAAGCAAAAUCUGAAUCUUUCGGAUGGGGUGUCCAAGCUGGGCCAAGUCCACAAGUCUUAAAGUGGCCCAGCUUUGGACACCCCUGCCUUAGUGAAAGACCUCUUCCCACCCACCCACCCCCCUCAAAAUCUUAUUGUUUUCACCGCUCCCACCCACCUUCCAAAUUUUAUAGUGUCCUUUUUGGAUCACGGAGAAGGUGCGGUUUAAUUUAUUGCAGAACGGUCGUCCUCGACGCUCCGAAUCUCGGUCGUGCUGGAAUCCUGUCUCAGAAACCACCACAGCAUGGAAAGUCCUUGAUUUGCAAAUCAUGAUUAAGGCGUCCGGUUGCAUCCUAUAUGUACCGGCGGGCUGACACCAAGUAUUGACAAUUAUGUAUCUGUAAUAAAAAAAGGUGUUGUUGUUUUUUUGCAAACGGA